AGAGGCGGAAGUACGGCCUCGGAGGCCUCCCAUGAGCCCUUGCAAAGAGCGACGUAGCCGGAAGCUGCUGGCGGCUGGUGGGGGGAUCUGAGUGCCUAGUCCAGCUUGGCACCUGGGCCGGACCCGACCCCCUCGGGGCAGCAGCUUCCUGGCCCUGGGUUCUCCAGUCCUUCGACCCGUGACGUUCCUGUUCCUUGGACCCCAAACUCCAGGAUCCCAGUGUGCGGCGGUCCAGACCCCCCCGCCCCGCCCCCGGCCUGUGAGCCUUGCCGCCCUUCAGCAUAGCGGUUGCGCGGAUCUACGUGGCCUUUCAGCGCUCAGGUCCCGAGCACUCUCAGACGCAGACUGGUUUUGCAGAGCCCAUUUGGCCGGGAAAGGGCCCCUGCCCUUCACUUCGAAAGAAGAUUCUGUCCAGAGGUGCCGCACCAUGGCCAGCCCAAGAACCAGAAAAGUUCUUAAGGAAGUCCGGGCACAGGACGAGAAUAAUGUUUGCUUUGAGUGUGGUGCGUUCAAUCCUCAGUGGGUCAGCGUGACCUAUGGCAUCUGGAUCUGCCUGGAAUGCUCUGGGAGACACCGUGGGCUUGGGGUGCAUCUCAGCUUCGUGCGCUCUGUGACAAUGGACAAGUGGAAGGACAUUGAACUGGAGAAGAUGAAAGCUGGUGGGAAUGCUAAGUUCCGAGAGUUCCUGGAGGCACAGGACGACUAUGAGCCUAGCUGGUCACUGCAGGACAAGUAUAGCAGCAGAGCUGCAGCGCUCUUCAGGGAUAAGGUGGCUACUUUGGCAGAAGGUAAAGAAUGGUCUCUGGAGUCAUCGCCUGCCCAGAACUGGACCCCACCUCAGCCCAAGACGCUGCAGUUCACUGCCCACCGACCCGCUGGCCAGCCACAGAAUGUAACUACCUCUGGGGACAAGGCCUUUGAGGAUUGGCUGAAUGAUGACCUGGGUUCCUAUCAGGGUGCUCAGGAGAAUCGCUAUGUGGGGUUUGGGAACACAGUGCCACCUCAGAAGAGAGAAGAUGACUUCCUCAACAGCGCCAUGUCAUCUCUGUACUCGGGCUGGAGCAGUUUUACCACUGGGGCGAGCAAGUUUGCGUCUGCAGCAAAGGAGGGUGCUACAAAAUUUGGAUCUCAAGCAAGUCAAAAGUUUUGGGGUUACAAGCAGCAGUCAGAGCCGGCUUCGGAGUUGGGCCACAGCCUGAAUGAGAAUGUUCUCAAGCCUGCACAGGAGAAGGUGAAAGAGGGAAGGAUUUUUGAUGAUGUGUCCAGUGGGGUCUCUCAGUUGGCAUCCAAGGUCCAGGGAGUUGGCAGUAAGGGAUGGCGUGAUGUCACGACCUUUUUUUCUGGGAAAGCUGAAGACACUUCAGACAGACCCUUAGAGGGCCACAGCUACCAGAACAGCAGUGGAGACAACUCUCAGAACAGCACCAUAGACCAGAGCUUCUGGGAGACCUUCGGGAGUGCUGAGCCCCCCAAGGCCAAGUCCCCAAGCAGUGACAGCUGGACCUGCGCAGAUGCCUCAACGGGAAGGAGGAGCUCGGACAGCUGGGACAUUUGGGGCUCAGGUUCUGCAUCCAACAACAAGAACAGCAAUAGCGAUGGCUGGGAGAGCUGGGAGGGAGCCAGUGGGGAGGGAAGGGCAAAGGCUACCAAGAAGGCAGCUCCAUCUACAGCCGCCGACGAGGGCUGGGACAACCAGAACUGGUAGGAGCCUUGCUGCACCCUAACCCAGCCCUGCUGGGAGACCGCUGUGUUUGCACUUUACCCUUGUUCCUCCUUCAUUUGACCUCAGUGUGAAGACAGUGGCUCAGGCAGGACUUGAGUUGGUGCUGCCUGCCUGGUGUGGGGUGGCUUUCUCUUAGACCUCAGGGGACAUGUCAUCCACCUGCCUCUUGGGUCCUCUGAGCAGCCUUCCUGGAUUCUGGGUUCUUGGGACCCAGGCACUGUCUCUGCAGCCCUAGCAUAGCCUGGGACUGCAGCCCUGUGCAAUGUCAGCUAAGCCAGACAUCUGCUUUCGUUGAAAUGUCUUUUUAAACUUGAAAGGUCUGCUAGUUCUUUCUUCUUGAAGAAAGUGCCUGGAGCCUUAAAGCUGGAAAUGAAACGACAAAAGCAAUACUGGAGCUCACACUGCCACCGACACCCUCACCUAAGUCCACAACCUGUGGCUUGUGCUGUGAAACUCACUUUGUGACCCUCUGCCUUUCCUGCAUCAGCCUGUCCAGCCCUCAGUUAAAUGGGACAAACUCUCCACAAUGGCCACACAAAGCAGACUGGGCUCUGGUCUUUCUCGGACACCCAAUUUGAACUUGGCCAGCCCUGGACAGCUCAGUAAUGAGGAAAGGAGAGUAAGGGGUCUGGGACCGUUUUCAGUGUAUCCGCCACCCCCACACGGUCCAAGGGAGCCUGAGCAUGGAGGGUGGACUGAGGGGCCACCUGCCACUGCCAGGGUCAGGCAUUUUAAUGGGCACCUGUUAGCAUUUGCCAUGUAUUGUGUCUGUGACAGCCCAGGCCUUCUCCCAGCCUGCUCAGGCUGCUCAGAGCACACUCAGUCAUGUCCCCCUCAGCAUGCAGCUGUCCUUCAGAUGACCCCACUUCCCACCCUGUGGACUUUGUAGAACACUGCAGUUGAGACCCAUGUGCUAUCAGUGGUUGGUGUGACCGCAUUCCCUCCCAGGAUUCCAUGACUGCUGUGUGCUGUGGCUGGAGAGACCAGCUGGGGUCUCUGUCUCCUUAAACCCACUCCUGUCUGACCCUCAGUUUGACCAGCAGUGCAUGACCUGAAGUUCUGUGGUUUGUGUGUCUGUCAUGUUUGCUCCUACUUUCUGGUGUUGAGCUGUCUGGGCCCUAAGGUUCCAGUGCUUGCCCCACCAUGGGGGUUCACGGUUCUUUGCAGAACUGAUAGACCUUAGGUUUGGGGAGCCCUCCUGGGUUGCUUUGUCCUCAAGUGGACAUGAAAACUACUUGGUAGUUAGGUAACAGGACAUCUCGGAGCUAGGGAAGCAAGGGAGAUAGCCGGGUCUUGUGCCUGAUAGAGCAGCCACAGGUAGAUGAGGUCAGAGACUUGGGGUGAGGCCAUGGGGUUGUUGAGCACACAAAAAGUCAAAAGUCAGGAAGUCUGAACAUGGAGGAAGAACCCUCACCGAAAGUGGCACAUCCCCAGAAUGAAGGAGUCCUUGAUUUGGUGGACAUAGGGUGAUAUGAGGGGAAUGGAAUUGGUUGGGUCUGGUGUGGGAAGCUGCCUGCCUCACAUCAUUUGGGAGUAGCAAAUCACCCAAGCUACAUAAAGUUAAUUCUGGUACUGUGUUGAGUGAA